AUGCUCGUUAAACAAGUCAACGAGGAUCGGACUGACGAUGGGAAUGGAGGCUACCAGGGUGUCAGCGCUGCCCACCUCUCACAGCUUUACACUUACCUGAAAUCGCAAUACCCAGAGGUUGAAGUGAUUGAGGAGCGGGAGCCAUAUUUGGUGAUAUGGUGUACCGGAUCCGUUCCCGAACCACCUAAACUGCCCUUCCGCAUUGCAGGCUUGCAGGGCGUUUGGCUUGUCUCUGGUCGCGACAGUCUUCCACCGGAGUUUACUGAAGAUGACAUCGGUUCUCUAGCUGAAGUUCUCGAAUUGGAUGACGAUCUCGCCGAGGAUAUUCGCGAAUAUCGACUACCAAAACCCAGCACUCUUUGUCGAAUGAUGCAGGAGCACUUUCCUGAUGCACUGGGUAUUAGCUUUGUCAACAACCGGAUUCGGAUUGAGUUGGAAGAGCUCCCUAUCGAAGAGUACCGGGAGCGUUUAACAACUCUACCUGGUCGGUUUCAGCACACCAGAAUCCUGAUCAUGUACUACAAUGGGCUUCUGAACACCGGCCGGGAGAAACACAGGGGAUUAAAGCAACCAAUGCCGCAGAAAGAUGACAAGCAGUUCGACGGUUUAGAUUAUGUUGCUGCGCAAGGCUACUUCCAACCUGGGUCGAUGCUUUGUAAUAGUAGUGGCGAUAUAGUUUCGGCUGGAAUCCAGGGGAGAACACACGUCGGCCACAUUAGCAGCAGGAUAGAGGAUACCGAUAUUGGCCUCGCUACCUUGAACGACAACGUCGAGCUUCGUAACCGAUUUCUUCAUCUCCCUGGGGGACCGUCCAAGCUUCUUUACAGCGACACAGUAAGAAGCGAUGAUUAUUACAUGAUUGAUAGCCUCACCACGGGUCGGCAAGGAACACUGUUGUUGUGCAAAGGGAAGAGGGCUAUCGAACGAGAACAAAACGGCACAUCCCAGGUUGUUGUUCAGCUCAUCUUUGCCGCUAGUGACCCUCUGGCUUACACGCCUAAUAUUCGGGCCCGGUGCUGUGGCUCGGCAUUGAUUCGCCUUGUCCCCAAAGCAGGACGAGGUAAGAAGAGCGCAACCAAUGAGCGAGUUACCCCUUGCAAGCAGAGUACACCCAAUACUCCUGGUUUGGUCGAGUUGGCAAACGACGGAGAAAUUGGAGGGUUCAUAAGCUGCUGCGAACUUCAAGAGAAAACUGAUAAGCCCCUAUUGAUCUGUUAUGCGGAGACUACAGACUCUUUGAUUGAUGCUGGUUGGGAGGUGGUCAAGACAGCAGAAAAGAGAAAGCGUACUGGUUCUGAAGAUCCUUCCUUAGACUGA